CUAUAAAAGGGGCUGUGAGCGCUCGAGAGAGCACACGGAGAAACCCUAACGGCGGAGUUGCUUCGAGAGAGCCUUCGGUUCUUCUCUCAGUCCCGCUUCGUGGAGGCAAGGAAGGCAGCCUCUUUCGUCCAGGAUGAAGUUCAAUAUUGCGAAUCCGACCACCGGGUGCCAGAAGAAGCUCGAGAUCGAUGACGACCAGAAGCUUCGAGCAUUUUUUGACAAGAGGAUCUCUCAGGAAGUCAGCGGGGAUGCUCUUGGUGAGGAAUUCAAAGGCUAUGUUUUCAAAAUCAUGGGAGGAUGUGACAAACAGGGGUUUCCAAUGAAGCAGGGAGUGCUAACUCCUGGACGGGUCCGCCUGCUGCUGCACAGAGGUACACCUUGCUUCCGUGGGUAUGGUAGACGUAAUGGAGAGCGCAGGAGGAAGUCAGUUCGUGGUUGCAUUGUUAGCCCUGAUCUGUCGGUUUUGAACUUAGUUAUUGUGAAGAAGGGUGAGAAUGAUCUUCCAGGAUUGACUGACAUUGAGAAGCCUAGAAUGAGGGGACCUAAGAGGGCCUCCAAAAUUCGCAAACUAUUCAACCUUUCGAAGGAGGACGAUGUUCGCAAGUAUGUGAACACAUACCGCCGAACUUUCACGACAAAAUCAGGCAAGAAGUGUAGCAAGGCACCCAAGAUUCAGAGACUUGUGACUCCGCUGACCUUACAGAGGAAGCGUGCCAGGAUUGCGGAUAAGAAGAAGAGAAUCGCAAAGGCCAAGUCAGAAGCUGCCGAGUACCAGAAGCUACUUGCGACCAGGCUCAAGGAGCAGAGGGAGCGCAGGAGCGAGAGCUUGGCCAAGAGGAGGUCCAAGCUUUCUGCUGCCUCGAAGCCAUCGCUUGCAGCCUAGAUUAAGUUUUUCUCGAGAGAAGUAGCUGAAGUUCAGUACCAGAUUUUGUCUGGGACAACAAAGAUUGAUUGCUCUAUUUUCUUCCUGGAUCUUGCUUCUAAAUUUUUGCUCGAUGUUUUUUGCAAUUUGGAUAUGGGAUCUAAGAUUUAAUUUGCUAUC